AUGUAAACAAAGUUACCAAUUUUCACAAAUUAAUCAUUCAAAUUUUGGUACAGAAAAAAAGUUGUGAAAAAUACACGGAUUUCUGUCCAAAACGGAUACAUUUUACAAGUUCCGACGAGUUACGAGUUUUUCUAGUUUUUGUGCAAUUUACUCCACGCUGCUAGUUGGAUAAUUGGACUGUGAAACCACGAAUAAUCCGUAGCAGAGUUAUGAGUACUAGGAAAAUCAACACCAGCAACAGCAGCAGUGGAUCACCAUCGAGAGCAUCAACAUCUUCCGCUCCCGACUGUGAUGGGCGGAUGCCCUCGACAAGCACUGCUAUGGUGUCCGACGCCAGCAGUGUCCAGAAAGCUUCAGGCUCAACAAAUAAUGCUCAACGUACUUCCGCCGGACAAUCCUCGUCAUUGGUUUCGUCCAAAUGGAUCAGCCUGAACGUCGGUGGUAAGGUUUUUACCACCACCCUAAGCACCCUGAUAAACAAAGAACCACACAGCAUGCUGGCCCGAAUGUUUGCACACCAUCAGGAGCAAGAGGAUGCCGAUGGCUACCCGGGCAAUCAGAUUGUGAUGGCUCCAAGCGACAAGGAUGGGCGCGGUGCGUAUCUGAUCGACAGGAGUUCACAGUAUUUCGAACCGUUACUGAACUAUCUGCGACAUGGGCAGCUGAUUUACGACGCCCACUUAAGCUUGGAAGGAAUCCUGGAGGAAGCGAAAUUUUUCGGCAUCGAAGGACUGAUCCCGCAGCUGGAAAGUCUGGUGCAGCAGCAGCAAGCAACAAACGUUGAGGAUAUGCCGCUUACCCGGCGGGAUGUGAUCAGUGCCCUGAUCAAAACCAGCCACAUGACUGAGUUGAGGUUUCAGGGUGUCAAUUUAGCGGGCGCAGACCUAAGGAAGUUGGACUUGCGCCACAUCAACUUUAAGUACGCUUGCCUGCGGGGUUGCAACCUUUCGCUUGCCAACCUCAACUUUUGCUGCCUGGAGCGGGCCGAUCUCAGCCAUGCCAAUCUCGAGGGAGCCCAGUUGCUGUCGGUGAAAGGGCUUUGCGCCAACAUGGAAGGCGCCAAUCUUCAGGGUUGCAACUUCGAGGAUCCUUCCGGAGUGCGUAGCAACCUGGAGGGCGUCAAUCUUAAGGGUGCUUGUCUGGAGAAUAGCAAUAUGACCGGAGUCAACCUGCGGGUAGCCAAUCUGCGGAACGCCAAUCUUAAGAACUGCAACCUUAGGGCGGCGGUUUUGGCUGGUGCUGAUUUGGAGAGAUGCAAUUUAUCCGGUAGCGAUUUGCAGGAGGCAAAUCUGCGCGGAGCGAACUUCAAAGAUGCCCAAUUGGAGCUGAUGUUAACUCCGCUUCACAUGUCUCAAGCUGUCCGUUAAACGAACGUUACAAGCUCAGGACAGCUAGGCGAAACGUGGUAAGAAUUAACGAUUUACUAUUGAUAACACUUACAUAAAUGAUGUGAACAUAUACGAAAAUCGAAGUAGAAAAGUUUAAAAACUCUAACAUUAACUUAUAACGACUAAUAGCGCUAGAAAUUAAAGGAAAGUGUCAAGAAUCGCGGCUGGAUCAGGGUUUCCGAAUUGCAAUAAAUUGACUUAUGUUAAUCUAAUCUAAAUGGUAACUACUACAUGGAUAUGUCAAUGACGACGUAGCUUACACACAGGCUCUAGAAUCGAGCGCCAAUCUUAAUAAAUUAUUACA